AGCAAGGCUUCUCGAUCAGGUGUUCAUGAGCGUCGUGAUUCCAAUCCCUUCACCACGGUUCUGACGUCACUUUCGGUAUCAGUCCACACAGAUGUGAUGCUGGAAAAACAUGGCUGAGCGUCGGGAAGCGGAGAGCUGAAAAGACCCGGGGAAUACCGACACACCGCGAGCCACACACGGCGUAAAACGGAGGAAGUGUGGAGGAACAAAACAUCCCAGCUCUGAAAUUCCAUGUUUACGUUUUUUACCGUUUUUUUACGGUUAAUAUUAACGGUGACAUGUGGUAAGAGCCGCGGCGGAGAUUUCUCCUCCAUUCAUUCAUCCAUCUACACACGGGCGGUGGACACCGAGGACCGCUCCCCAAGUAAAAAAAAAGCCAACCCGGUUGGAAGCCAGCAGGGAAACGUUCACCAAAGCGGCGUUUGAGAGAUGUCAUUGCUGUGUGUCGGAGUGAAGAAAGCUAAACUGGAUGGACCUCAAGAGAAGUUUAACACCUAUGUAACGCUGAAGGUGCAGAAUGUGAAAAGCACAACGAUCGCUGUCAGAGGCAGCCAACCAUGCUGGGAGCAAGACUUCAUGUUUGAGAUCAGCAGGCUGGACCUGGGGCUGACAGUGGAGGUGUGGAACAAGGGGCUGAUAUGGGACACCAUGGUGGGCACCCUCUGGGUUCCUCUGCACAGCAUCAGACAGUCCAACGAGGAGGGGCCAGGUCAGUGGCUGACUCUGGACUCUCAGGUCAUCAUGGCGGAGAAUGAGAUCUGUGGCACCAAAGACCCCACCUUCCACCGAGUGCUGCUGGACACGCGCUUCGAGCUGCCGCUAGACAUCCCGGAGGAGGAGGCUAGGUACUGGGCCAAGAAACUGGAGCAGCUCAACGCCAUGCGAGACCAGGACUAUGGUUACCAGGAGCAGCAGGAGAGACCACUGCCAAUACCAGCCACACAAUGCUGUAACUGGAGCUUGUGGGGAGACCAGAACGAGGACCCGGACAGUGCGGUGGAUGACAGGGACAGCGACUAUCGUAGUGAGACAAGCGCCAGCAUGCCCCCCCCCUUCUACACCACCUCCCAACCCAACGCGUCCGCACACCAGUAUCCAAUCAGAGGCUCCCAAUUCGACGGCCCAUACGACGAGGACUUCGGAAACGAGCUGGAUUACGACCAGAGAGCCAUGAGACGGUAUGAUAGCAUAGACUCCGCCACCAACGAUCAGAGUGAUCUGGACUCUGGUUCGAGCCGUCCCACCAGCCGCCAGUUCUCCUUAGACAGUAGGCUCUCUCUCUCUGAUAGCCCCACAGGCAGCAGUCGCUACGCGUCCUCGGGGGAGCUGAGUCGGGGCAGCUCCCACCUGAGCGGUGCGUUUGGUCCGGACGACGGGGACAGCCUACGGGGGUCGGAGUUCUACGAGGAGAACGACUCGUACCACUCCUGCCACUCGUCUGUCAGCUACGGGAAGGGUUCCCCCAGCUGGGACCCCGAGGAUGAGGGCCAGGCGGUGUACAGCGACGAGGGGGGGUACGUGAAAGACGGUGGGGAGGAGGGGGCCAUAUACGAGGGGGAGGUAGCAGUGGGGGAGGAGGUGUACCACUACGAGGAUGAAGAGGAGAUGCCGUACGAGGAGGAUGAAGACCUCUACCCUCUCGAGGGUGCCCUGAGCAAAGACCAGGAGGCCCCCUACACCCCGACCCCCACUACGGCUCUUGCUCCGCCCGAGGGCGCCUCCGUGCGACCCCCGUUUGAGAAACAAGCGUCCCUUCACCAGCGGGUUCCUCCCCAGUCCCAAGCCCAGGACCAGCUCCCCUGCCUGGACACAACCAGCCAGGAGCAGCUCCCCCAGACCACGGGCCCCACCAUGCCCAUCUUCACCCCCAAACAGCCCCCCCUCGCCCUCCCCCAGGACCAGGAGCCUGUCCCUGACGCCCUGCCCCCCCUGGAUGACAUCCUACCCGUAGAAGAGGAGGCUCCGGUCAUAGAGAGCCCCCCCACGGCCCCCCCAGAGAAGGCAGAGGAGCCCCCCCUCCACAGGAGGGAGGUGAUGGAGCCUGGUCCAGCCAGGGCCAAGGCCAACUGGCUCCGACUCUGCAGCAGAGUGCGACUACAGUUGCAGGAGGCCAGAGGAGAGUCAGUGGGGAUCUGCUCUCUCCUGCUUUCAGCAGGGGUGGGAGGGGCUCUGUACAGUAUAGACAGUAUGCCAGACCUACGUAAGAGGAAGGCCAUGCCUCUGGUCCGAGACCUGGCUAUGUCCUUGGUGCAGAACUCCAGGAAGGCAGGCAUCACAUCAGCCCUGGCCUCCAGCACUCUGAACAACGAGGAGUUGAAGAACCACGUCUACAAAAAGACCCUGCAGGCUCUCAUCUACCCCAUCUCCUGCACCACGCCCCACAACUUCGAGGUGUGGACAGCCACCACUCCCACCUACUGCUACGAGUGCGAGGGGCUGCUGUGGGGCAUCGCCCGCCAGGGCAUGCGCUGCACCGAGUGCGGCGUCAAGUGUCACGAGAAGUGCCAGGAUCUGCUCAACGCCGACUGCCUGCAGAGAGCAGCAGAGAAGAGCUCCAAGCACGGGGCAGAGGACCGCACGCUGAACAUCAUCAUGGUCCUGAAGGACCGGAUGAAGAUCCGCGAGAGGAACAAGCCGGAGAUCUUUGAGCUCAUCCAGGAAGUGUUUGCCGUCAUCAAGGCCACGCACGUCACCCACAUGAAGCAGAUCAAGCAGAGCGUUCUGGACGGGACGUCCAAGUGGUCCGCCAAGAUCAGCAUCACAGUGCUGUGUGCCCAGGGGCUCCAGGCUAAGGACAAGACGGGCUCCAGUGACCCCUACGUCACCGUCCAGGUGGGCAAGACCAAGAAGAGGACCAAGACCAUCUACGGGAACCUCAACCCCGUCUGGGAGGAGAACUUCAACUUUGAGUGUCAUAACUCGUCAGACCGGAUCAAGGUUCGAGUGUGGGACGAGGACGACGACAUCAAGUCUCGCGUGAAGCAGAAGUUCAAACGGGAGUCUGACGACUUCCUGGGUCAGACCAUCAUCGAGGUCCGCACGCUCAGCGGAGAGAUGGACGUCUGGUACAACCUGGACAAGAGGACAGACAAGUCAGCCCGUGUCGGGCCAUUCGCUAUGCACAUCAACGUGGAGAUCAAGGGGGAGGAGACUGUGGCCCCCUACCAUGUCCAAUACACCUGCCUGCACGAGAACCUGUUCCACUACGUCACAGACAUCCAGAACCCCGGCGUGGUGAAGAUCCCGGAUGCGAAGGGGGACGACGCGUGGAAGGUCUACUUUGAGGAGACGCCCCAGGAGAUCGUGGACGAGUUCGCCAUGCGCUACGGAGUGGAGUCCAUCUACCAGGCCAUGACUCACUUUGCCUGCCUGUCGUCUAAGUACAUGUGUCCAGGCGUUCCCGCGGUGAUGAGCACGCUGCUCGCCAACAUCAACGCAUACUACGCCCACACCACACAGGCUGCCAACAACGUGUCCGCCUCCGACCGCUUCGCCGCCUCCAACUUUGGCAAAGAACGUUUUGUGAAGCUUCUGGACCAGCUGCACAACUCACUGAGGAUAGAUCUGUCCAUGUACCGGAACAACUUUCCUGCCAGCAGUCCAGACAGACUCCAGGAUCUCAAGUCCACGGUGGAUCUUCUGACCAGCAUCACCUUCUUCAGGAUGAAGGUCCAGGAGCUGCAGUCCCCCCCCAGGGCCAGCCAGGUGGUGAAGGACUGUGUGAAGGCCUGCCUCAACUCCACCUAUGAGUACAUCUUCAACAACUGCCACGAGCUCUACAGCAGAGAGUACCAGACGACCCGGUAAGCUGCCAAGCAGGGGCGCGGUCCCCCAGAGGAGCAGGGCCCAAGCAUCAAGAACCUGGACUUCUGGUCCAAGCUCAUCACCCUCAUCGUGUCCAUCAUCGAGGAGGACAGGAACUCCUACACACCCUGCCUCAACCAGUUCCCCCAGGAGCUGAAUGUAGGGAAGAUCAGUGCUGAGGUGAUGUGGAACCUGUUUGCUCAGGAUAUGAAGUACGCAAUGGAGGAGCAUGAGAAGAACAGGCUUUGUAAAAGUGCAGACUACAUGAACCUGCACUUCAAAGUGAAGUGGCUCUACAACGAGUACUGCAAGGACCUGCCCUUCUUCAAGAGCAGAGUACCCGAGUACCCUGCGUGGUUUGAGCCGUUCGUCAUCCAGUGGUUGGACGAGAAUGAGGAAGUGUCCAGAGACUUCCAGCAUGGCGCCCUGGAGAGAGACAAAAAAGAUGGGUUCCAGGUGACGUCUGAGCACGCUCUGUUCUCCUGCUCGGUGGUGGAUGUUUUCUCCCAGCUCAACCAGAGCUUUGAGAUCAUCAGGAAGUUGGAGUGUCCAGACCCCCAGAUUGUAGGACACUACAUGAAACGCUUCGCCAAGACGAUCAGCAACGUGCUGCUGUCCUACGCUGAUGUCAUCUCCAAGUGCUUUGCCAACUACGUUACCAUGGAGAAAGUGCCCUGCAUCCUGAUCAACAACAUCCAACAGCUGAGAGUGCAGCUGGAGAAGAUGUUUGAGGCCAUGGGAGGAAAAAAUCUAUGUCUGGAGGCCAGCGACAUCCUGAAGGACCUGCAGGUGAAGCUGAACAACGUGAUGGAUGAUCUCAGUAGAGUGUUCGCCACCAAUUUUGCGCCCCACAUCGAGGAGUGUGUGAAGCAGAUGGGGGACAUCCUGGCAGGGGUGAAGGGGAGCACCAACGUGGGCAACGCCAGCAGCGUGGCACAGGAUGCCGACAACGUGCUGCAGCCCAUUAUGGAGUUCCUGGACAGCAAUCUAUCCCUGUUUGCUAAGAUCUGUGAGAAGACUGUUCUGAAGCGAGUGCUGAAGGAACUGUGGAAGCUGGUGAUGAACACCAUGGAGAAGACCAUCGUUCUGCCCCCGCUCACCGACCAGACGGGGAGAGUGAAGAAUGCUUGUCACAGUGAUGGCACUCAGCUCAUCCUCAGUGCAGCCAAGGAGUUGGGACAGCUCUCCAAACUCAAGGAGCACAUGGUUCGCGAGGAGGCUAAAGCUCUGUCUCCCAAGCAGUGCGCUGUGAUCGAACUGGCUCUGGACACCAUAAAGCAAUACUUCCAUGCAGGUGGGGUGGGCCUGAAGAAGGCCUUCCUGGAGAAGAGCCCUGACCUGCUGUCUCUGCACUACGCCCUGUCCCUGUACACACAGGCCACGGACAAGCUCAUCAAGACCUUCAUCCAGUCCCAGAACCAGCAAGGGUCCGGCGUGGAGGACGCAGUAGGUGAGGUGUCCAUCCACGUGGAGAUCUUCACCCAUCCCAACACAGGGGAACACAAGGUCACUGUGAAAGUGGUGGCAGCUAACGACCUGCGCUGGCAGACUCAGGGCAUCUUCCGCCCCUUCGUGGAGGUCUACAUCAUCGGCCCUCACCUCAGCGACAAGAAAAGGAAAUACGCCACCAAGUCCAAGAACAACAGCUGGGCUCCCAAGUACAACGAGACGUUCACCUUCACCCUGAGCGCAGAGGUGGGCCCAGAGUGCUACGAGCUGCAGGUCUGCGUGAAGGACUACUGCUUCGCCCGCGAGGACCGCACGGUGGGCAUGGCGGUGAUGCAGCUCAAGGACAUGGCCUCCAGGGGCAGCGUGGCGUGCUGGCUCCCCCUGGGGAAACGCGUCCACAUGGACGAGACGGGCCUCACCGUGCUGCGCAUCCUGUCGCAGCGCAACAACGACGACGUCGCCAAGGAGUUCGUCAAGCUCAAGUCCGACCAGCGUUCCGCGGAGGAGGGGCGGAGCUAAAAGGGAGGAGGGGGGGGGUCUGUAGACUUUCCACUCUACCCCCCCGCCCCCCCCUCACACGGCGCCAACCGGUGGCAUGGAGGCAGAGCCGCCACUGUCAAACAGAGCUAGGUCAAAUGCAAUGUGCUAAAUGCUGUGGGAAAACCAAUAGGGCUACAUUUUCCCCACCCAGGUCAGUUCCACGACUUCAGACAAGUGCACGUCACAUGUUUUCAUACACUUCCUAGUAUUUGAUCCGUGUGUUUGACCCAGGUCUGCCUGUAACUCUCCACACACACAGUGCCACUCAGUGGUGUGGAGGUGUUACUGCAGCACCACUGCCAACCAAUCACACCCACCCUAAACUGUACUCACUCCUUGUCUUUCUGUGGGUGAAACACUGACCUCCUAAAUCCUACUGCCAGUCACAUGAAGAUGCUAACAAAUAGAUUUAUCAUCGUAACACAGAGUUACAAAGCAGGGAUAUGUAUAGCUCAGUAGUAGAGCAUUUGACUGUACAUCAAAAGGUUGAAUCACAACCACCCCCUUAACACUAUACGUCGCUUCGGAUAAAAAGUACAUUGCAUAUUACAUUACAUCAAUAAGCUAUAUAGUCUAUUUUACGAACGUCGCAUCCAUUACACAGCGGGCAGUAUUCUAAGCUAGCCACAAAUCAUGCAAUCUUUCAUGUGUACGGGAACAAGCGUUUUAACACAUCUUGUUGGCUUGAGAGUCUGCGGCAUUUCUUUCUGUUUAAACCUGCACCGUCAAACUAUAAGCUACAACCUGCCAUGUGUAAUACCCAUCAACUGCCUACCAUGUCUAGACCCCAUUCUCUGUUGGAACAGACACCUGCCAUGUGUAGAUCCUAUACUCUGUAGGAACAGAAACAUGCCAUGCCUAGACCCCAUCCUAAGUAGGAACAGACACCUAUGUCUAGAUCUUUCUCUCGAGGAACAAAGGCAAACCUGCCAUGUCUAGAUCCUAUCCCCUGAGGGACCAGAAGUGCCGCUAGAUAAUCAAUUGUAUCAGCCAAUAGGAACACUAAGCACAAGACCUAUUGACUAACCACCCAAUCAGCCAGAGAGAAACUUCUGCUGGACGCUGUAGUCUUCUCGGCUACCCAGGACAAGAGCAAAUGUAGAUUUACAUAUUUGUAUGUAGCACAGUAUAGAUAUUACGAAUCGUUAAUGAUUUAUACACAUAUAUAUAUUCAAAGACUGUAAAGGACGAUACUAGAACGUUUGAAAAAGAGUGUCUACCUACCUGUCUGUAUGUUGUCUACCUGUCUGUCUACCUGUCUGUCUGUCUGCCUGUCUAGCAGAGCACACUGCCUGAUACCCUAACGGCCUUCUCUUGUCAGUCCUGUCUGUCUUCUCCAUCCUGAAUCCUACAUCCUCUCCUCUGAGAUUAGCCUAAAUAAGGGGUGAGGGUGGGGAGAGGUUUGAUUAAGGACCGAAUGAAGACGAGCACUGAUUCAUCAAUCCACGUGUUUUAUAUAGUUCUGUGUAAGAGUUGAUGCGUAGUGUCUGUGUGUGUGUGUGUCUAUACCUCAGAAAGCCAUGCUGAGCAGAGAACACUGCAGAGAGAGUCUGGGAGAUUUUCACUAGCUUAAAUACACUUCCUAUGUCUUAAUUUUUGGAAAAGCUAGGUUUGCCUCGUGUCGUAUACGGAGCUGAAACAUUCCCUCCCCUCUGACCUAACCUUCCCCAUCCCGACUCCUCCUCCCUAUCCCACAUCCCUCUCCACCCCCCCCACCCCCUUUCAAACAGAUGACCAAUGAGAAUCUUAAAACAUUCCAUGACUAUAGCUACUAAACCCAACAAGAUGUCAGGAUCCUCGACAAUGUAACAACCAACACAGGUUUUUAUACAAAAGCCCCCUAGCUACCAAACAAGGUUUUAACUGAAGUCUAUGCAGCCACCAAGGGACCCUGUCUUACACUGACCGGUGGGAUUUGAUGUUUACAUAGUGUAUUAUUAGCACAACGUUUUGUCCUGUCACUGUCUGAGGUAAAAGGUUUGCAGAGGUGAAGGGUUAGCAGAGGGAUGCCUCUGCUUGCCUUUCGAUGGAGAGGAACAGUUCAAAGGGCAAAGGGCAUUGUACAUACUAUUGCCGUACCAAACGUGUGUGUGUGUGUGCGUAUACUUAAAUCUAGACUUACUAUUGAGUGGGUAUACGAGUUGAGGUUGCUGCUCCGUCUUCUAGAACAGGCUAGCAGGGCCUAACACAAGCUAGCACACAUUAGUAAGGGCAGCACGUCAGCACAAGCGAGCCUAAGAUAGGUUGGCAUUCAUUAUCACAAGCUGGCAUGUCAGCAGAGUGUAGCACAGGCUAACACACAUUAGCAAAUCUUAAUGGACUUGCAUUUGUUAGCACAGUUUAGUACCGUCUGACAUGUUAGCAGCAUCUAGUACAGGCUAACAAACCUUAGCAGGGUCUAACACAGACUAGCACACGUUAGCAGAGGCUAGCACAUGUCAGCACAGGCUAGAACUUGCUAGUAUAAAUGAUCACAGGCUAGCACAUGCUAGCUAUCAAGUUACCAACACAGGUAAUGCAAAUGAAAAGUAGCUGGACCAAGACACAAUAGUAAAUCUCACUUAUUGCUAUUGACAAUAAUACUUCAGUCGAUGAAACCAGAUAUUCACACUUUUUCUGUAUGAUUAUGACUCUCUCUCUCCCUCUCUCUUUCUUGGCUCUAUCCCUUCGUCAUGUUUCUCUCCUUUGGUCUAUCCCUCCCUCCUCCUCUCUUGCGCUCUCCUUCUGGGUCAUCCCCUCUUUCAGUACUUCAGUCUUAGUGUGUUGACGAUCACGUGACCAGAGACUAUACACACGGCCCAUUGACCUAGAAGCACAACACACACCCGUGUGUGUCCUGUCUCAGAUUGACCAAACACCCUGCGGGCACACACACUGAUGCCAGCCCUGUACAUAGGACGCAGUGCAUGAUGGGAAAAGUGCAUCUUUCUUGUGCCAGCACGUGAUGACUUGAUGUUAUUUGCCAAUUGUUGUCUUCUUCGAUUUUGUUUUGGAGAUUUUGCUAUCGUUUUCUAUUUUCCAGAGGUUUGUGAGCGUAUCGAUAUUAAUAAUGACGUGUAGUGGUACAGAGUGCUGGCAUGAGAGCAUUUUUUUAUACUGGAGAUGUUUCUAAUGUUUAGGUUUUUAAAUUCUGGUUGUUAUUG